AUGCAGCCUGUUCGCCGGUCUCGACGGCUUACUUCUGGACCUAAACUUCAUGCUUUCAGUGACCUCCAGGAUGAUUCGGAUGAGCUAAAUGGUGAUGUGACGCUUGGACGAAGACGUAGUCAACGGGUCAGGAACAGUCGGAAGGGCGCUACAAGUCUGGCAGAACGAAAGGAGGAUGACAUUUCAGAAGUCGAGGUUGCACAAACUGGCUCAAAGUACUCUGGCGCUCGAGAAGUGUUUGAAGUCCUUCCCCGAGAUAACUUGUUCCGAACCCAUCACCAGCAAGCCUGUGCUACUUGCCUCUACGAAGAUCCCGGCCCUUUAGUGUAUUGCCAGGGUUGUACCAGCUCAUACCACAAGACCUGCCUUGGACCUCGUGGCCAACGCCUCCACUUGGUUACCAAAGUGAACAAUGGAUACUUCAUUUUGCAGUGCCGUGCUUGUCUUGGGACUGCCUGUGGAAAAGACAAGCUUGCACCACACCUAGGAAAUUGUUCUAAAUGCCAUAAGGCUGGUUUCUUUUCAAGUCCUUUACGGCCUCAAUUAACUGCUCGCCAGGAACAGACGCAACGUGAAGAGAAUGGAGGUGUCGACCCUAGUAUUGCUGUUGACAUAGGCCAAAUCAACAAUGCUGAGAAUGUUAUGUUUCGCUGCAUGACAUGCAAGCGUUCCUGGCACAUGUCCCAUUUGCCCCCUAAGUCAAAGAAAACAUACAUCGCGGAUAGCGAUGACGACAAUGACAAUGGAAGCCUUGAGGAUGACUAUGAACUGUGUAAGCGGCGGUUCAGUGAGUAUUCUCGACAAUGGCAAUGCCAAGAUUGCUUGACUGCACCUGGAGAAAUUGAAGCUCUUGUCGCAUGGAGACCUCUAGACCUUGACAGCUAUACUCCGGGCUAUACAUCAGACAUGUUGCCUGAACUUUCAAAAGAGUAUCUUGUCAAAUGGCGGAAAUCCUCUUAUUUCAAAGUAACAUGGAUGCGUGGAGAUUGGGUAUGGGGUGUUACUGCUGCUGCGAUGCGUAAGGCAUUCCAUAAAUCAACAAAAAGCCUAAAACCCUGUAUGUCCACAGAGGACGCAAUUCCGGAAGAAUAUUUACAAAUCGACAUUGCCCUUGAUAUUCGCUAUUCCAAUGUCGUCUCAAAUAGGACAUAUGAAAUCGACUUGGCUCGUAUCGGGGAAGUGGUCGAGGUAUACGCCAAAUAUAAAGGACUCACAUAUGAGGAGGCAGUAUGGGAAAAGCCCCCUGAUCCCUCGAAUACCGAUCAAUGGAAUAGUUUCCAGGUUGCCUAUGCAAACUGGGUACAGGGCCGUUAUAUUCAGCGACCAAACCGGAUUAGGUUGAAGAAGCAUUUGCUUAGCAUUAGGUCUAAGAACUUUGGGGACCAUUUGGUGAAGCGGGAGCAGCCUAGCAUUCUUGUUGGUGGGCAACUGAUGAAUUACCAACUUCAGGGCUUGAACUGGAUGUACGAGCUUUGGCAUCAACAAAAGAAUGCAAUAUUGGCAGAUGAAAUGGGUUUAGGGAAGACUAUACAGGUUAUCGCGUUCUUUGCAACUCUUAUUCAGGAUCAUAGUUGCUGGCCUUUUCUUGUUGUCGUCCCGAACUCUACUGUUCCCAAUUGGCGCUCUGAAAUCAAGAGAUGGGCACCUAGCCUCCGCGUUGUGACUUACUAUGGCCUCUCAACUUCGCGAAAGUUAGUUCGCGAUUAUGAAAUGUUUCCCGAUGCCAAAGGAGGGUUGAGAUGCCAUAUUGUUGUCACGUCAUAUGAAACUAUGACGGAUGACCAGGGGCGUCGGGUCCUUUCGACAAUCCCAUGGCAGGGGUUAGUGGUUGAUGAAGGGCACAGACUGAAGAACGACAAAAGCCAGCUUUAUGAUUGUCUCUCAAAGAUCAACUUUCCAUUCAAACUUCUCUUGACCGGGACUCCUUUACAGAAUAAUAUCCGCGAAUUGUUUAAUCUCAUUCAGUUCUGUGACCCCUCGAAAGACGCCGAAGAGCUUGAAUCCCGUUACCAAAAUCUGACAGCAGACAACAUCACUGAACUUCACAAAAUGAUCUUUCCCUUUUUCCUUCGAAGGACCAAAGCCUUGGUUUUAGAUUUCCUUCCACCAAUGACACAAAUAAUUGUUCCAGUUUCAAUGACAAUUGUUCAAAAGAAGUUGUACAAAUCAAUCCUGGCCAAAAAUCCGCAGCUGAUCAAAGCCAUUUUCAAGAAAGCUGGUCCCUUGAAGCAGUCAGAGCGGCACAAUCUGAAUAACAUUCUCAUUCAGCUUCGGAAGUGCCUAUGUCACCCGUUUGUUUACAGCAAUGCUAUUGAAGAACGUGGUGUGAAUUCCACGCUAUUACACCGAAAUCUUGUUGAAGCUUCUUCAAAACUGCAACUUCUAGAGCUUCUUUUGCCAAAGCUCCAAGAACGCGGUCAUCGUGUUCUCAUCUUCAGUCAGUUUCUCGGCUUUCUUGACAUCAUCGAAGAUUUCCUCGAUGGGCUUGGCUUGCUACAUUUACGGUUGGAUGGGUCUCUGUCUUCACUGCAGAGACAAAAACGAAUCGAUCAAUUUAACGCACCGAAUUCACCCUAUUUUACAUUCUUGCUAUCUACUAGGGCAGGUGGAGUGGGAAUUAAUCUUGCAACGGCUGACACUGUUAUUAUCAUGGAUCCUGAUUUCAAUCCGCAUCAAGAUAUUCAGGCCCUUUCUCGAGCACAUAGGAUUGGCCAACAAAGGAAAGUACUUGUUUUCCAGCUUAUGACCAAAGGAACCGUCGAAGAAAAAAUAAUUCAAAUUGGGCGAAAGAAGAUGGCUCUUGAUCAAGCCCUAAUUGGUUUUAUGGAUGCAGAAGAGGAUGCGGGAGUUGAUUUGGCAUCUAUUCUUUGCCAUGGUGCGGACGCGCUAUUUGACGACGACGAUGAGGGGGAUGUUCAUUACGACCACAAGUCAAUUGAGAAGCUCCUAGAACAAAGCGAGAAUACAAAGACUAGCGAUGAUACCUCUGCUGAAUCCCAGUUUAGUUUUGUGAAGGUUUGGACAAAUGAAUCUGCGAAUCUUGAAGACCGAUCGGACGAAGCCGAAACUUCAACGCCUAAUAGUACAGUAUGGGACAAGAUAUUAAAAGAACGAGAGCACAUAGCCGAACAAGAAGCACUAGCAAAGGCAGAAACAUUGGGCCGAGGCAAGCGCAAGCGCCAGGAAGUUAAUUACUCGUUGCCGGAAUCUCCUUUACGACAAAAUAAGCCUGAUAGUGAUAUGGAAUUCACAGGGGCCGAAGUCGAGUCAGAUAUUGAUAGUCUUAAUAGCGAUAUAUCUGUGGCUCCUGAACAGGCCAACAAGAGAGGUCUAAGCUCUGCAUUGGCCCGUCCUUACAAGCGAGCUAAAGUUAUUGACCUUGACGGUCCCGUUGACAGUCCCAGUAUCUGUUGCGUCGCUUGCGAUGGGAUCCAUCCACUGGGUCAUUGUCGUCUGAAGCAAGCUGGUGUCGAACACUGUGGACUGUGCGGCAUCGCACAUUUCGGUCAUUCACGAACCUGUCCUCAUCUAAAUUCUGAAAGUCAGGUUGCCAGUAUGCUUUCUUCUCUGAAGCAAAGUACUGAACAGCGGGCGCUAGUCGAAGAGGCGACCAAGUAUCUGCGAGGCAUCAGAGGUGAUCUUGUACGUCGUAAGAAACAGAAGUCGGCCAAGGGCAAUCCAAAUGGACACAGCGGUGGUGCAUUAAGUGCGCUACCAGUUGGCCUAAUACCAACCGCUCCGCCGCCUCAGCCUCAGCAGCCAGUUACAGCCACGCCGCCAGCCUAUUGGAACCCCUCUUAUUGUCCCUAUCCCCCCACUCACGGAGCCCCGAAUGCAUAUGACUAUUCAGCUACUUAUCCCCCAAGAAGGUGA